AUGAAUAAAGAAAAAAAGAAAGAAUUGAAUUUGGAUAUGUGCCGAAAGAAUUCGGAAAGUAAACUCAAAAAUAACGUUACCGGAGAUGUUAAGAAUGAGAAAUUAGUAACAUUGGAUGCAGCAAAGAAAGAUAGACCCCGCCGCAAAGCAAAAAAGAGGAAAUCAAAGAAAACCACAGAUUCAACGAAUGAAUUGGCAUCGACAAAACAUAAGGACACGUCUACUAGUGGUGACCGAAAAUCGACAGAAUCAAAAAACAAGACCACAGCAGCAAAACAAAGUAACACACAUGUAUUGGAAGAAAAACAAAAAAUCAAACCAGCAAAAAAGGUGAAGGUCACACCUUCGAAGAAAGAAGAAAUCAAAUUCCGGCCGUCAGAAAUACGUUAUUCACAAUCGUCUAUUUCGAAGCAAUUUUCAGAUGGCACAGAUAUUGGACAGUUAUUAGAUGAUAUAUAUUUCGGCCGAUGUUUCGCUUCAGAUAUUCCGCAAAUUGAAAUUUUAAACCUGAAAGGAAAAUGGGUUUCAGCAGACAACAGGCGACUUUGGGUGUUCAAGCAACUCGAGAUUCUAGGAAAAAUCGACUUCAUCAAUGUCAAAGUCUCGAGGAAAAUUUAUUCUCGAAAACUUACGAGUGAAAAUGGUGGCAACAAUGUUGAAAUACGAGGUGAGAAUCCAGGUGGAAAAUUGUAUCUUUUGAUAAACAAUGUGAAAACUGAGAAAAUUGAAGAUGGUUUGAAUGAGAAAUGCAUUGUUUCAGCAAUAGAAAGCUCACAAAAACGAAAAAGAAGCGCUAAGAUCAAUAAAAAAGAGCAACAAAAUACCGAUUCAAAUCAAAACGAACUAGUUAAUAGUUCAAAUUACUCCGAAACUAACACAAGUGGAAUGAAUGUAUGCCAAGAAGCUAGAGAAAUAGAAAAUGAAAAAUUACAUCAUUGGCAAGACCUUUCCGAUGAAUUCAAUGACUUAACGUUUUAUGACAGUGAUGAAUGGACAGAUGAUGACUUUCCUUACACUUGUCAUAGUGAUGAUAAUCAUACAUUUACGGAAUAUAUACAGGAUAAUCCUUGGGGUGAAUGCGAAAAACUUCUAAAAAUGAUUCAAGUCGAAAACGCGUUUGAUGAAUAUAGUGAUAGACAAUCUACGUUAGCACAAUGUAGAACUUUCCGUCUGUUCAGAUAGCUCCGACCUUUCGGUAUAUUUUGAUGAAGUAACAACGAACGUGACAAACAAUGACUUUUCCAGUAAGGUUUUCGAAAUUCCAAGAAAAGAAAGCAUUCCUUUCUCGAAAAGUCUUUUUGAGAAUCCGUCAGCGCAAACGGAAGUUGGUAUAUCAUUUGAUGAUCUUGUACCCGGUCAUUGGAACGAAUGGCCUGAUAUUCCGGCAACACCUGGAUUCAGUUACGGACCUGAAAGUUAUUCGGAUCUAUGUGGAAACCUUAACUGUAGUCGAUGUUCACGGAUGAUUUUCUACCGUGAAAUUGACAAGGGGUAUUACUACGAGCCUCCAUGCCAAUACAUAACUGCAGGGUACAGAUCACGUCAACAUUCAGUAUUCAAAAACAUUCUGAAAAUGAUUCGGUUUUAAACAAAAAUAUCCCGCGGUAUUGAAACAUUUUCAGGCUUUUUAAAGGAUAUAUAUUUCGUUGAUUUCGUAUAACCUUUAUUUUUUCUCAAGAGCAAAAAUGCUGUCGUUUUUGUUGUUGUUGAUUUUUCUUUUAUUUUUUGUUGUUGUUUUUGUUGUUAAUUUUGUUUUUGUUCUCCAUAUUUCGAUACUGAAUAAUAAAUUAUAUUGUAUUCGGAAUAGAAAAUAUUGAUUUGAUUCCAAUAUGUUGGAUUUUGAAUAAAAUUUAUGUUUAGAAUUGCUGUGAAUUUUUAUAAUAAUAUUUAUUAAAAAUCAACUUAU